AUGGUCGCGUUUUGGACUAGGCCAUGCUUGCAAGAAACGAUGGAACGGGGAUUCCAGGAGAAAAAAGAAAGCGGUAAGAAAGAGGGUCAAGAUGCUAGGAGAGAAGACGACAAAGGCUCCACCGCCGAAUUUGGUUUAGUCUCCCAGAUGUCUGGGCCUGAAACCACCCGAAUUUCAGAUUGGGUGGGCCGACCUGGACCAAGUCACCUGUUGAAAAGAUCACCUCCAAUUCUAUUAGAAUUAAG